AUGACGGACAAGGAGCAUGGCGACGGAAUGCGCGAGGUGGGAGACGACGCCGUGUGGUCGCUGUCUUCCGCCAAGCCUGGCAACGGCGUGGACCAGCUGCGUGACAACAAUAUGGACACGUACUGGCAGUCGGACGGCGUGCAGCCGCAUCUGAUCAACAUCCAGUUCUCCCGCAAGACGGCAGUGAAAGAGGUGGCGCUGCACCUGGACUACAAGCUGGACGAGAGCUACACGCCCAAGAAGAUCGCCAUCCGCAGCGGCUCCACCGUGCACGACCUCAAGGAGAUCCACGUGCAGCAUAUUGCCGAGCCCAGCGGCUGGAUCUCCAUCCCGUUGCACUCGGACGAAGAGCAGGUUCCGCUGCGCACGUUCUUCUUGCAGAUCGUGAUUCUAGCGAUGCAUCAGAACGGACGCGACACGCACAUCCGGCAAGUGAAGAUCUACGCGCCGCGUGAGGCCAACGUGCUCGACUGGACCAUUCCCGAGGCGACCACGCCACAGUUCGCAGCGUACUCCUGUAUCCGUUAG